UGCUGCCUAUAAAUACGCUCUACACUUUUCAAUAAACGUUCUUUUCAUUCUGCUGACUACGUUGAUACAUUGCUGGUCCGGCGCUGCUAUGCGCACACCAUGGCUAUGCUACAGUGGCGACGAAGAUGUACACCACCCAUGCAGUGAAAGACGACCCUGAACUUGACACUACGAAAAUCCGAGCAACCAAGGCGAUCAUGGCUCACCACCAGCUUCCGGACUUCGAAGAAGGCAAAGAUAAGUGGACGCCAUACCUUAUUAAAGUCGAAGCAUACUUCGAAGCGAAUGCCAUUGAAGACUCGACUAAGAAAAGGGCAUUGCUGGUGGCCGCCUUAAGCACGCACACGAUACAAGUACUGGCAGGGAAAGUGGCUCCACGCAAGCCGAAUGCGCUGGCUUAUGAAGAAGUCGUGGCAGUGUUGAGUGAGCACUACGAUCCCAAGCGACACGAAAUCACAGAAAGUUACAAGUUUUUCAGUCGGUGUCAAGCGGAGGGGGAGCCCAUUAAUGAAUUUCUAUCCAGUGUGAACAGCACAUUCAACGACUUCCACGACGUGUUUUCCGAGGACCUGGGGCUCAUCACAUGCCCUCCGGUCAGUCUGCACCUAAAGGAAGGCGCCGUACCUAAGUUCUACCACCAGCCGUUGCUGGGCCUGUUGAGGUCAGACAGGCAGACGCCCCCCAUGGCCGCUGCCCGGAUACAACGGUGGGCGCUUCAGCUGGGGGCCUACCGGUACCAGCUGCAGUACGCCCCAGGAUCAAAUAAAGACCAAGAGGACUGGCUGCCGCUACCAGGAAGUGACGUAUACGCCCGCAGUUAUGGUGCAGGGAGCAAAUGGACGCCUGGCAAUGUGAAGGCGACGUCUGGAGCGAGAAUGGUGACCGUGGACACUUCGGACGGGGUCGUCCAACGGCAUGUAGAUCAGCUUCGCCCGCGACAGGACUCGCGAAGUGAUCAGACACCAACAACUGCCACAAGUUGCAGCGAGCAAGACCAAGCAACAGAACGAUCGCCUCCGGUAGCGGUAAGCACGGAGGACGGCCUGUCUUCUGGGUUCCUCCCUAAUGAUGCUGGUUCUGCACAACGUGCAUCACCAAAGAUCACGGCGGUCCCGAUGAAUACCGGUGUCGCCCCACAAGCCCUCAGGCGUUCUACAAGAGAACGCAAGCCAGUACAACGCUUUCACUUCUAAGGGGGAAGGAAUGUUGUGUCUUCACGUGG